UCAGGUGAUCCACCCACCUCGGCCUCCCGAAGUGCUGGGGUUAAAGGUGUGAGCCACCAUGCCUGGCCCACAGUGAGAGUUUUUUACUCACUAUUUUAUCCUUCCAAGUGGUAGAGUCAUGCUAACACUGCCUCCAAUCUGUCAUCUAAAAAAAAAAAUCCUGUUUUUAAAAAAUUUAGAAUAAUUUGAUGAACAACACACAGCUUAAAACACAUGUGAAUCCACAAUAUGCACUUCCUCAUAGAUCUUUUAGAUGGUCUGGCUACCCCACCUGGAGCAUUCUGACACUCCUUUAUAUUUAGCAUGUUUGAUUUUGCCCAUCUAUCACUUAACAUCUGGAAAAGUUUUGGUAGAGUAGUAUAAGCCUAUUGUACAGAUUCAGGAAGAACUUUUCGACAUUAUCUAAAACAAUCUUUUUGUCUUUCAGUUUAGGAAAUGCAGACGCAAAUUGUUAAUUGUCCUCCCAAAGCCACAAGGUUGUUACUGAUAACUAUCUUCCUAUGGUUUGAAUGUGUUUCUUGCACGAUUCAGGCCUUGCCAGUGUGGUAGUAUUGAGAGAGGUGGGGCCUUUAAGAGAUGGUUUGGCCUUGAAGGCUUCUCUCUUGAGGAUGGUAUUAAGACCUUUAUAAAAGAGGCUACAUGUAGCAUUUAGCUGGCUUGUCCUUCUGCUUUCUGCCACGUGAGAAUAGCCUUCCUCCACUACAGAGAGUGCAGCUCUCUCCUGACAUCCAAACCUGCCAGUGCCUUGAUCUUAGAUUUCCCAGCUUCUGGAAUGCUGAGAAAUAAAUUUCUAUUGCUUAUAACUUAUCUGGUCUCAGGUAUCCUGUUGCAGGUCAGCACAAAGAGACUAAUUCUAAUGUACUGAUUCAGGAAGAAUUUUUUUCACAUUACCUAAAAUAUUUUCCUCUCAGUUUAGGAGAUUUAGGCACAAACUAACUGGCUUCCGCAAACCACAUGGUGGUUAGUAAUAGUUUUAAAAGUUUUUACUUCCAGUAAAAUGUAUAAUUCCUCAUGAUCAUAAUGUACCAAAUGUGCUAUAAAAUGUUACAUCAAGUUCAGAUACUAUAAGAAUGAUCACUACUCUGUUGUUGGAGAAAGGAAGGGGCUAGAUCCUAUAAUCUCUUCUCUUUUCACAAAGGCACAGAGAGGUUAAACUAAGUGACUCCCUAAAGGAUGGGUAAGAAGUGAGGAUGCGUGUCCUUCCAAGUAUUAUUAUUCCGCAGACUCUGAAGGAACCACAAGGCUACACCGUGCUAUUGUAAGUUCUUGCCUUCUUUACACUGAAGUUACAUGAGAAAUGCAAACAGGUAAACAAAAAAGACCUGAGAAAGGCCAACUUUUUGAUAACUGUUUAGACAGAGACUGCCUAAACCGAAAACACAUGCUGUUUCCCCUCAGCCUGAUUGAUUUGGCAUUCAGAGUACAAGCUCACAGCAGAGGGGCUGGGCCUGUCCAGUCAGGAACUGCAGUCAGAGACUUCCCCUGCUACUUGCUGGGAAAGAACAUUAGGAAUGCCUUUCAGUGCCUUGCUUCCUGAACGAGCUCACAGUAGCCAGGCGGCCCAGGGCAAUCCCACCAUAUUUCACUCUCAGCGCUGCAGGAAUCCGGAUGCAGCCCAAGUACAGCAGGACGAGGGACAUGCUGGAUGAUGAUGGAGACACCACCAUGAGCCUGCAUUCUCAAGCCUCUGCCACAGCUCGGCGUCCAGAGCCCCGGCGCACAGAGCACAGGGCUCCCUCUUCAACGUGGCGACCAGUGGCCCUGACCCUGCUGACUUUGUGCUUGGUGCUGCUGAUAGGGCUGGCAGUCCUGGGGCUUUUGUUUUUUCAGUACUACCAGCUCUCCAAUACUGGUCAAGGCACCAUUUCUCAAAUGGAAGAAAGAUUAGGAAAUACAUCCCGAGAGUUGCAAUCUCUUCAAGCCCAGAACAUAAAGCUUGCAGGAAGUCUGCAGCAUGUGGCUGAAAAACUCUGUCGUGAGCUCUAUAACAGAGCUGGAGCGCACAGGUGCAGCCCUUGUACUGACCAGUGGAAGUGGCAUGGAGACAAAUGCUACCAGUUCUAUAAAGACGGCAAAAGUUGGGAGGACUGUAAAUAUUUCUGCCUCAGUGAGAACUGUACCAUGCUGAAGAUAAACAAACAAGAAGAUCUGGAGUUUGCCAAGUCUCAGAGCCGCUCUCCGUUUUUCUACUCUUAUUGGACAGGGCUUUUGCGCCCUGACAGUGGCAAGGCCUGGCUGUGGAUGGAUGGAACCCCUUUUGCUUCUGAACUGUUCGAGAUUAUAAUAGAUGUCACCAGCCCAAGAAGCAGAGACUGUGUGGCCAUCCUUAAUGGGAUGAUCUUCUCAAAGGACUGCCAAGAAUUGAAGCGGUGUAUCUGUGAGAGGAGAGCGGGAAUGGUGAAGACAGAGAGCCUCCAUUUCCCCCCUGAAACAUUAGGCAAAGGUGACUGAUUCUCCCUCUGCAACUACAGAUAGCAGAGUGAGCCAGGCAAUGCCAAUGCAAGGGCUACCUGAGACAUCGGGAAAUGGAACAUAAUCAGGAGACACUAUCUCUCUGACUAGUACAAAAUGGGUUCUCGUGUUUCCUGUUCAGGAUCAGCAGCAUUUCUGAGCUUGAGUUUAUGCACAUAUUUAAAAGUCACAAGAAGUCUUAUUUACAUGCCACCAACCAACCUCAGGAACCCAUAAUGUCAUCUACCUUCUUGGCUUAGAGAUAACUUUUAGCUUUCUUUCUUCUCAAUGUCUAAUAUCACCUCCCUGUUUCCAUGUCUUCCUUACACUUGGUGGAAUGAGAAACUUUUUGUAGAGGAAAUACAUCGAAGUAACAUCCUUUUCCGUGACAGUCAAGCAGUCCAUCAGAAAUUAGCAGUUACUCCCCAGAUUAUACCACCAAAUACACAAGGCAUUCUUUUUGUUUGUUUCAGUUCAUACUAGUCCCUUCCCAAUCUAUCAGUGAAGACCCCAUCUGCCUUGUCUAUGCCCUGUUUCCCAAAAGGGAUGUCUCUUGAUAUGAGAAUCUCAAUGCCUUAUAAACAUUCCUUCCUGUGUCCAUUAAGACUCUGAUCAUUGUCUCCCUUCCAUAGGAAUUUCUCCCAGGAAAGAAAUAUAUCCCCAUCUCAGUUUCAUAUCAGAACUACCGUCCCCGAUAUUCCCUUCAGAGAGAUUAAAGACUAGAAAAAAGUCAGCCUCUUCAUCUGCACCUGUAACAGUUUCAGUUCCUAUUUUCUUUCAUUGACCCGUAUUUAUACCUUUCAGGUACUGAAGAUUUAAUAAUAAUAAAUGUAAAUACUGUGAAGUGUGUGUGAUUUUACAAUGGACUUGUGAUUUGUGGGAAAAUUCAGCAUGGAAAUGCUUUUCAGAAUAUGAUGGCAAUCAUUAUUUUCAUCGUGCCUUACUGAGAUUUUUUGGGGAAUUUACAAGAGUACUGAUUACACGAUUAUUCGGAGAAAACAAGAUGUCUUUGAAAUACAUGUUGUCUUCAAGAGAACAGUUUUAACAUUUUCCUAAAAUGAAAUAUUUUGAGGCAAGCUUAUGGCAUCAACACAUGGUUGAUGAGGAAGCUGAGUUGCAUUAGUGCACACAAUUUCCAGUCAGGUAGUGGAAAAUGAACAGAGACAGUGACAUCUUUGUAGCUGCUCCUUUGUGAGGCACUUCUUUCUUCAGAUGACUCCAUGCACAAAUAUAACACGGAUCGUUGGGAGUGACACCAUCACAGCCACCAAGUUUAUUGGUUUAUUGAUAGUCAAUUCUGAGGGUUUAAUGCUAGAAAGGAUAACAUUAUAAAUCUUUGUUUUUCAACAGUGGCAACUGAGGUGCUUCAGUUUUGUUUUUCAUAAACAUCUAUCUCAUGGUAAAAUGACAUAGAGUAGCAAUAAUAUGAUAGAAAGAACACAUUGGUGCUCACUUUCAUAAAUUUCAUUUUGUUAGAUUGUCACUUAGCAAAGACGAUUGCAGAUUCUUCCUUGAGAACUUUCCUUUCAAUUUUCUGUUGAUUUCCUUAAAAUUUUCUUCAGGGUUGAGCAAGUUCUGUUGGUAUAUUGUGUCACGCAAAGAAAACUGUAUUUGUGGUUAGAAAAUGAAGAUUUUAGAUCUCUUAUUCUGAUUUACUUAUUAGGCAAGUCACUUUAUUUCAUGAAGCCUAUUUCACUGCAUAUGAAGUAGAAAUAGUUAUAAUUUCCUCAUAAUGUUACUGUUAGCUGAAAUGAAGUAAAUGUGAAAUCA